GUGCCCCAGCGGGUCUUUAACCAAUAAUCCAGUCUGGAAAAAAAAUAUUUACAGGAGGGAUUCUGUCUGUUCUGUGUGAGGAGAGUUUUCUGAGAUAGUCAUAGAGCCAGAAGGACCCUCAGACCAUGGAGAAUCCAUGUAAAUGUGUGGACUGUGGGAAAGGAUUCAGUUACCCUUCCCAACUGGAAACCCAUCAGCGCACACACACCAAGGAGAGGCCAUUUAUCUGUUUCAUGUGUGAGAAGGGAUUCACACGUUCGUCCCACCUGCUAGCACACCAGCGAAUUCACACGGGGGAGAGGCCGUACACCUGCACAGUGUGUGGGAAGGGAUUCACCGAGUCAUCCAAGCUGAAGGCACAUCACCAGGUUCACACUGAUAAAAGAACAUUUAAUUGCUCCAACUGUGCCAAGAGCUUUAAAAGCUCCCAGUAUCUGCGGAGACAUCAGCAAAUUCACACAACCGAGAGGCCUUUCGCCUGCACUGUGUGCGGGAAAGGGUUCACUCAUUCAUCCAAGCUGCUGGUGCACAAACGGGUUCACACUGGAGAAUGGCCGUUUACCUGUUCCGUGUGUGGGAAGGGAUUCAACCAGUCAUCUGACCUGCUGACACACCAGCGAGUUCACACCGGGGAGAGGCCUUUCACUUGCUCUGUGUGCGGGAAAGGAUUCACUCGCUCAUUUAACUUGCUGGUCCACGAGCGGGUUCACACUGGGAAAAGACCCUUCUCUUGUUCUGUUUGUGGGAAGGGAUUCACUCAGUCAUCACACCUGAUGAUACACCAACGAGUCCAUACCGGGGAGCGGCCGUUUUCCUGCUCGGUGUGCGGGAAGGGAUUUGCUUGUUCAUCCAGCCUGUUGGUGCACCGCCGGGUUCACACAGGAGAGAGGCCGUACUCCUGCUCGGUGUGUGGGAAGGGAUUCACUUCUUCAUCCAGUCUCUUGGUGCACCGCCGGGUUCACAGUGGGGAGAGGCCAUUCUCCUGCUCCAUCUGUGGGAAGGGGUUCACUCAAUUAUCCAAUUUACAGUCACACCAACGGGUUCACAAGUGAUUUCAGGGUUUUUGAUUCUCUUCUGCUGUGGCUAUGGCUGUCAGUCACAGUUGAUCUAAGACAUUCUUGACAGUUGAGACUUGAGUCUGUUGAUGUUACAAAACUCCAGAUGGGAUGGAUGAUUUAUUCAUCUUC